AUUGCCCAUCAAUUGUACCUAAAAGCCUGUUUUCAAUCCGGUAAUACGCUCCUGUCUUUCUCUAGGGUGCAUUGACCUCAUUAUCCACUCUGUCAUCGUUUGAUUUACCAGAUCAUCAUUUUCAUAUUUAGAUCAAAGUACUAAACUGAGAUCUUAUAUUACUGAAAAUUACAACUACAGUCUCAAAGUUAUCAAUUGCUUAGUCUAUACUGCUAUAGUCUAUCAUUGCAGAGAUAUCACAUUGAACUAUAUCUUUUAUCAUUGAGUCUACUUGGUCUGAGUUAGUCUUUCAAUAAUUCGAUAUCAAUACUCACUUCGUCUUCAGUCUUUCACUUUAUCACUAAGUCUAUUAGUUAAAAUUUAAGAUGGAAAAAAUCGACUUAUCUUCCAACUCCAGAAAGAUCCAAGACGCCUACGAUAAACUCGUACGUGGUGAUCCUUCUGUCAACUACGUCGUCUACUCUGUCGAUGCCAGUCUGACUCUUGAAGUCUCACAAACUGGAAAUGGAUCACUUGAAGAAUUCGUAGAGAAUUUCAGUGACGGUCGUAUCCAGUUUGGUUUGGCCAGAGUCACCGUUCCAGGCUCGGAUGUUUCCAAGAACAUCUUGCUAGGCUGGUGUCCAGACAAUGCUCCUUCCAAGUCGAGAUUGUCGUUUGCUUCUAACUUUGCAGAGGUUUCCAAAGUCUUGAGUGGCUACCAUGUUCAAAUUACUGCUAGAGACCAGGAUGAUUUGGACAUCGACGACUUUGUCCAGAGAGUCCGUGCUGCUGCCGGAGCCUCUUAUUCACUCAACACUGGAACUGUCAAAGCCGCUGCUGCUCCUGUUCCUAAACCUGUUGUAGUCAAACCAAUCGUAGCCAAGCCUUCCAAGCCUGCUAGUGUCAGUGGAACAUCUUUCAUUCCAAAGUCAACUGGUAAGCCUGUGGCACCUGUCAAACCGAAGCCCCCAAAGCCCGUAGCUUCUUCCAACGACGGCUGGGGCGAUGCCCAGGAUGUCGAAGAAAGAGACCUCGACUCCAAACCUUUAGAGGAUGUUCCUUCGGCCUACAAGCCUACGAAAGUUAACAUCUCGGAAUUGAGAUCUCAGAAAUCUGACACUAUUUCUUCGACUCCAAAGCCAUUUAAGGCUGAGCCAAAGCCAGCUGAAAAGGAUGACGACAAUGAGCCAAAGUCUUUAUCUGAUAGAAUGAAGACGUACAAGUCGUUUGAACCUUCUUCCGACGGAAGAUUGACAAGUUUGCCAAAACCAAAGGUAUCUCACUCGGUCAAUACUCGUUAUAAGCUGGAAGCUCCUUCUUUCGGUGCUAAGCCUACUUUCGGUCAAUCUGACGACUCCAGAAAGGACAAAGUCGUUGGUGGAUUAUCCAGAAACUUUGCUGCUGAAAACGGCAAGACUCCAGCGCAAAUUUGGGCUGAGAAGAGGGGCCAGUACAAAACUGUAGAAGCUGGGGAAUCGGAAUCGGGCGAAGUCCAUGCUCACAGCUCUGAUUUGGCUCAUAAGUUCGAGGAACAAGAGGAGGAAGAAAAGCCUACUCCAUCUUUACCUGUUCGUUCUUUGCCUCCUCCACCAGCUAGAGUUGUAGAACCUGAGCCAGAAGCAGAGGAAGAAAAGGAAGAAGAGGCUCCAGCUGCUUCUUUACCUUCUCGUAGUUUACCUGCUCGCAACUUACCUCCUCCUCCAGCUCCAGCCGCUGAACCUGAAGAAGAAGAGGAAGAAGAAGCACCAGCUCCAUCGUUGCCUUCCAGAGAAGCUGAACCUAAGAAGGAUGGUGCUAGUGCUGUAGCUGAGUAUGACUACGUCAAAGAUGAAGACAACGAAAUAGGCUUUGCAGAAGGCGACUUGAUCGUUGAAAUCGAGUUCACUGAUGAAGAGUGGUGGACUGGUAAGCACUCCAAGUCGGGCGAAGUUGGCUUAUUCCCGGCUGCUUAUGUGUCGUUGAAGAAAGAAGAAGAAAAGGCUACUGAACCGGAAACUAAGGCUGAACCUGUCGUUGAAAAGAAGUCUGAAGGAAGAAGUGCUACUGCUGAGUACGAUUACGAGAAGGACGAAGAUAAUGAAAUAGGAUUCGCUGAGGGUGACGUGAUUGUUGAAAUCGAGUUUAUCGACGAUGAUUGGUGGUCUGGAAAACACUCUAAAUCCGGUGAGGUAGGUUUGUUCCCAGCCAACUACGUCAGUUUGAUCUGAUAUGUAAAUUUCUUUAAAACUUUAUCUAUAUGUGUCCUGAGAUCAAUGCAAAAAUGAAAUGAUAACU